AUGGCUGCCAGCAAGAGCAAAAACCAGAGUUCCUUGGCCCUCCAUAAAGUAAUUAUGGUUGGCAGUGGAGGUGUGGGCAAGUCUGCACUCACUCUUCAGUUUAUGUAUGAUGAGUUUGUGGAAGACUAUGAACCUACCAAGGCUGACAGCUACAGAAAGAAAGUAGUUCUGGAUGGUGAAGAAGUUCAGAUAGACAUUCUGGACACAGCAGGACAGGAGGAUUAUGCAGCUAUCAGAGAUAACUAUUUCCGCAGUGGGGAAGGGUUUCUUCUAGUAUUCUCAAUAACAGAGCAUGAGUCCUUCACAGCAACAGCAGAGUUUCGGGAACAGAUCCUGCGUGUGAAGGCUGAAGAGGAUAAAAUCCCUUUACUGGUAGUGGGAAACAAAUCUGACUUGGAAGAGCGCAGACAAGUGCCUGUAGAGGAAGCUAGAAGUAAGGCAGAGGAGUGGGGUGUGCAGUAUGUAGAAACUUCUGCCAAGACCAGAGCAAAUGUAGAUAAGGUAUUCUUUGAUUUGAUGAGAGAAAUCAGAGCAAAAAAAAUGUCAGAAAACAAAGACAAGAAUGGCAAGAAAAGUGGCAAGAACAAGAAAAGCUUUAAAGAAAGGUGUUGCUUACUGUGAUACUUGGGAACUGUAAAUACUGAUCUGCAGGCGGCACGGAUAAGAUACCACUAAGGAUAUAGGGCUGGAUUCAUGAAAGGAAGUCUGUAUUGGCUCCCUUAUCUUUUGCUUUGCAUAUCACACCUUCAAAAU